AGGGUAGAGGAGGAGCUCAAGUUUUUUGGUGACUCUCCAGCACAUCAGGAUAAUGUGAACCGCAGAGCAGCUGCAGGAGGACGAGGAAUGAGUUCUGGUGAAGCCCAUAGAAGAAAUGCAAGAGCAAGUGCUGGAUCUGAGAACAGCUUUGAGCGAUCACCACUCCAUCCACAGUCGAGGGUCACAGGGAGGGGAGGUGGGGUUUCAUCUCCCUCAUGGGAAGGAAGGGGUUCACAUGAAAAUAGCCAUGGCACUCCUGGAAGAUCUCGACUCAGACCCAAGGGCGAUAACAGUCCUGAUAAAGGUGCUGCUGUUCCAAAAUUUGGUGAAUGGGAUGAGAGUAACCCUGCAUCAGUUGAUUGUUAUGAAACUAUUCUCACAUUGCGGGAGGAGAGAAUUUUUGGGGGAAGGGCACCAGGCAUGCCAAAUGAAUCACAUCACCCAAACACCCGGCAGCCUCCUCAAACUGAUGGUGUUAAUGCUGACAGGGAAAAGUCCAAAAUCAGCAGCAGCUUGAAGAGGGAACCCGAGCUCAGCAACUUGAAUAGGAAAGCCCGACCAGAAGCACGUAUGAUCCAGCCUGCAGAGGAAAGCUCACGCAGAAAUCUUUUUUGAAGAGAAGAAGACUGCUUAAAGAGGAAUGUAAAUAUAUGUGUGUGUGUAUUUGAGAAACGAUAUCAUGUAAUUAUGGUGUAGAAAUAUCAUACUAUUUAAAACAAUCUGGGGUAUAAAUACAUAAUUUGUAGAAAA